ACCAAGAUUUAAGGUGACAGAGAAACAAUGAAUUAUAGUCUUAACCCGUACAAGUAAGUAGCAUGUUUGGGUUUUUUUGUUUGACCACUAAACAGCCCUGCCACAACCUGAUAGCUGAUCUAUUUAUAACCUGCUCCAAGUACUUUGCUUGGUCAGAAAGGACAAGCAUUGAGUCUGAGCUGUGUGUAUCACAGAUAUCUCUUUGUGUGUCCCACAAAGUCUUUUAUCAACUUCAACUGAAGUGUUUCUUCUUGUUUUUUUCCUCCAGGAGUUUUUACAUGGAUACCACCCUGAAGUUUGAGCCUUGAAUUCUUUGGGGAUUUGAAGGCAGAGAAGUUUUAUACUGUGGCUGAUUCAUUUAUCUUGGAUUUUACGCUUUUUUUAUUUGUGAACCAUUGCAGUGGACAAUGACUUCCAGAAGGCCAAUGACUCGCUCUUAUUCUGGCAAUGGGAGGACAAGCAGCUUCAGCGAAGAGGAGGGCAACGGUUCCAAUGGCCGUUCAGAAGGUCGCAGUACCAGUUACCUCUCCAAUGUUAGGCCUGAAAACAGGAGCACAUUGUGCAGCGUCAUGGCUCAGCUGACCGAGGACAUACAGCCAUCCUUUGACACCACCGUGAAAUCCAAGGCAGUGUCGGAAAACUGCAACGUGAAGUUCACCUGUGUGGUGUCAGGUCACCCAGCUCCAGAACUGAAGUGGUAUAAAGAUGAUAUGGAGAUGGACCGGUACUGUGGACUCCCAAAAUAUGAAAUUCGACGGAAUGGAAAAAAUCACACCCUUCAUAUUUACAACUGCACAUUGGACGAUGCAGCCAUCUAUCAGGUGUCAGCCAGCAACAGUAAAGGCAUUGUCUCCUGCUCGGGAGUUCUGGAGGUUGGCACCAUGAGCGAGUUCAUGAUCCACCAGCGUUUCUUUGCCAAGCUGAAGCAGAAAGCAGAGAAGAAGAAGAAAGAUUUGGAUGAUCAUUCCAAAAAGGAUGAUAAAGAAAAGAAAACAAACAGCCCAGAGCGUCCUCCAAGGAAGCGGCACAUCCCGCCACCACCACCGACACAGGAUGAGCCUGAUGCCGGGGAAAAAAUUGGAGCCGUUGCAGAACCUAACGGUGUUACCUUGGAAGAAAAUGACACGGAACCUGUCACAUCCGUAGACAGCGGCCUGGAGAAGGAGGACGCCUUGGCUAAAAAGAAAAUAAAGAUCUCAAAUGGUGUAGAUGUUGGCGUUAGCAGCAACAGUAGCAGUAACAGCAGCAGAAGCCAUAUGAUGGGGAAUGGAGGUGAAAACGGUUACGAUGGAGGAAUCGGUUUGGCCCAGUUUUUGGCAGAGGCACUCCAGUCUCAGGCUGCUGAGGAGAAACAGAACUCAUCCUGUGGGGAGAAACCUAAAGAGAUGAAUGUGAAUGAUGGCAAAGAGAAAGAGAGGAUGCAAAAUGAGCGGGAGGAACAAGGGAAAGCUCUGGAGGAAGAGUAUGAGAAAAGAAAAGAAGAGGGCUUGGCUGCAGAAAGAGAGAAUGAAAGAAAACGGUCGUCAGAGAUGUUGCACACAACAGGCCACGGUAAGCAUCACAACAAGGCUCAUAAGGAUCAUGACCAUCACCACAUCCAGGCCUCCCUCUCCUCGAUGCUCCACACCGUCAAAGACUUCUUCUUUGGUAAGAAUAAGAAAGACUCUCAUGAUCGCACUGAGAACAAGGAGAACGAGUUUGACCACGACUCACUUCAGCCUCUUCAACCGGAAAUGCCGCUGUCAUUUAAGCAUCACCGGGAAUCUUAUCCAGACGUAUACAAACCUUCCAGAGAGGAUGUUGUUCCCAUGGAAACAGAUCAUCCACAGGAGCCUUCAGAAGGUGUGGAUAUAGUUCAACAAUCGCACGAACACAAGAGUGAAGACGGUUUUCUGCACACGGACCUUCCACCAGAUCGUAAACCGCAACCUGAGCGCGCAGAAGAGUUCCCAGGUCAGAGUGUCAAGGUCGCUGUUGAGCUAGCAGAGGCCAUGGAUCUGUCAGAGGCGACCGGGAGCAGCAGGCCAAGUGGAGACAUGUCAUUGUCCGAGCCUCAAGUUCUCACCGAGAUGGAACAAAAAGAUUCUCAGGAAGCCUCGGUCAUCACAGAGGUUCCAGUGAAUCAGCGAGAACCAGAAUGUCUAAUAGAUUCACCUCAGCCCAAUCAACAGACUUCAAGAGACGAAUCUUCAUGCAGAGAAGAUAUAUCUGCCUCUCAAAAACAGACCACAGCCCCACAUGAAGAAGAACACCCCCCUGCAUCCCUUAUCGCUUUGUUUGAAGAUAGCUGGAUUCCCCCUAACAGUGUUAUCUCGGUGACAGACAGCAGCAGCCUUGGACGAGCAACCCAAGAGGAGCAGCUGAAUAUCGAUUCAAUGGGCGAGGACACAGAGGAAGAACCUUGCUCCUCCAAUAAGUUGUGUGAGGAAGAGAAAGCUGAAGUGAAAUUGCCGUGCUCAGAUAUAAAGAGAUCUGAGGCUACUGAAUUAACAGCAAAUUCAGUGGAAGAGAGAGUAGAGCCGUGUGAGUACAGCACACCAGAUCAGGUGCUUUCACCUCUGCCUGCGGUGGCCUCGUGCGCUGCAGAGGAAGAUUGUGUAAAAGAAGAGACAGAAUGUACCUCACCCAUUCAGGAAAUGAAUGUGGGAUUUCCGGCUGCCGCAGCCCAAGAGGGUUUGAGGGAGGUUGACCUAAAAUUGCAGCACGAAUGCUCUCCUUCUGCAAGAGAGGAGAGUGCACAAGGCCACAAUCUCAGUGCAGCGCAGAGUUCAAGCUCAGGUUUUAGGGGCAGUGAAGAAAGAAAUGACUUGAAAGAGGCAUUGAAUUGUGCUUUAGAGAACAGUUUAGAGGGUACGUUGCGUAACAAUGUGAACACACAAGAGCGGGUGAUUUUAGAAGGUGAGAACACUGAAGCGAGAGAUGAGCGUUUCCAGUUUAAAGAGACGCAGAAGAAAGUAGAAGAGACGGAUGAAUCAAAAACACUUUCAGUAGCAGAAACCGAGGGAAGUGAGGUUGAGGUUUCGGAGGAACGUGGUGAAAUUACACAUCAAGAAGGUAGCGAGAGACAGCUGGGUUGGCCCUCAAUCAAUAUUCCAACAAUCCAAAUAUCUACUAUUGAAGACACUGCAGAUAUUCAACCAACUGUGCCAGAUGUAAACCAACAUAAACAUUUUAUAAUCCCAAAAAUUGAAAUAAUGGAGCCUGAGCUCAAAGAUAGCACUGUCCUGGAAUUGAAUAAGCCAGAAUCAGAUCUGGAAAUGUUGCAAAACCAUGAUGCAACUCAUAUGUCAGAGGUGAUAAUCCAAGACAUGAGCGUGACUGAUUCUCCAGGCUCGCUGCCCACGCAGAAAAGUAUGCAGAGUAAUAAUUCACCGACAGAGAAAGUAAAGGAAGUUGCACAAUUACAGGAUGAGACUAAGAUAUUAGAGCAGGGGCAUCCGCACAAGCAAAGCAGUGAACAGCUCCCUCAGAUGGAGAAUGCAUUAAUUCCUGUUAUAAAUGUGUCAUGCACUGAUGACAAGGAGGAUCAUGCAUUUGUAAAUGCCAACGUUUCGCAUGCACUGGAGCCUUUCGAAACUCCAACGGUGCCUUUGUUUGUGGUGCCACCGAUCUCUGUCACUUGUCAUGAAAGGGAUCCAGGCCUCGGCCUGCCCACACACAGUGAGUGGACAGAAACCGAAACGUCAGAUGCCACCCAAAGGGAAACAAAGCACAAUGGGGUCAAUGACUUGAGGACAAAGCCGGAAAAAGGUCUGAGUAGAAAACAGACUGAAGAAGUGGCAGAGAAGAUUAUAAAAGAGAACACCCCCUCUUUGCAAUGUGAAGCUCUAACACCAAAGGCUGGGGACAAUGUGCCAUUGUCCAAAAAGACAACAGAAGACAAUACUGUUCCUGAAAUAAAGAUAAAACCUGUUAAAGAGCCCAAAAUAGAGAAUUCAGUGUCUGAGGAAGUGCAGCGAAGCAGACCUUCUGUUGACAGACUCAGCUCCAAACCUCCAGCACAUCCAUCACUGAGUCCAGCCAGUCUGCGCAAAUUCAUGUCCAAAGCUGUUCCGGACUCAGACAGUGAGACAGGGACGGCUGUCCCUGUCAUCACUAUGGGGGAUCGUCAGAGUGACAAGGCAGACGAAGAUCUCAGUGGAGGCUCCACGCCGACUACGUCCCUCUCCUGUGAAAAUAGUCCCCGGAUGAAACGAAGAGACAGCCUGUCCCUUAUACGCUCUGCCACGCCUGAGGAGCUGGCCUCCGGCGCUCGCCGCAAAAUCUUCAUCCUAAAGCCUAAAGAGGAUGGAGAAGGAGCAGUGGUUGGUGCGCUGGACACUCAAGGCAAGAAGGAGACCCCCUACAUGUCACCCAGCCAGGCUCGCAGGGCAGCGUUAUUACAAGCUCCCAAAGGACAGAAUACACCCCCAAUGGAGAGGCGCUCUCCGCUGCUGAACCGCAGGAAGGCCACGCUGGAGGUUCCAAAGGUCAUGGACGAGACUCCCAAAGAGGAAUCAGUCCCAAAGAAAGAGGAAAAACCAGCUGAAAAGAAGCUAGACCCAUUGAAAGCUCCACAGGUGAUUCGAAAGAUCAGGGGUGAGCCGUUCCCAGACGCCUCUGGACAUCUGAAGCUGUGGUGUCAGUUCUUCAACGUACUCAGUGACUCCGUCAUCAAGUGGUACAGAGAAGACGAAGAGAUACUGGAGGUGAAGAGAAGCGGAGGCGAUGAAAGCCAAGUGGCACUGGCUAUUGUGCUGGCAUCCAACCAAGACUGUGGGGUAUAUGGCUGCACUAUAAAUAAUGAAUACGGGACUGACACCACUGACUUCCUGCUCAGCGUAGACGUUCUCUCAGAUAUUCUGCUAAAAGAUGAUUUGGAAGUGGGAGAGGAGAUCGAGAUGACGCCACUGCUGUUCACCAAAGGCCUGGUGGACUGCGGGAGCUGGGGCGACAAGUACUUUGGCCGCAUCAUGACCGAAACGGUGCACCUCGGAGAGGGCUUCGCUCGGAAAGCCAGUAAAGUGAGGGUCAUCUACGGCCUCGAUCCCGUCUUUGACUCCGGAAGCAACUGUAUUAUCAAAAUUAAAAACCCCAUCGCAUACGGGACUAAACAAGAGAGCAACCUCGCUGAGAGGAACCUAGAGAUCACUAAGCAAGAAUGCAAAGUCCAAAACAUGAUACGAGAAUACUGUAAAAUCUUUACGGCAGAGGCGAGAGUUAAUGAGAACUUUGGCUUUUCACUAGAAGUGAUCCCUCAGUAUCUCAUGUACCGGCCUGCAAACUCUGUGCCGUACGCCACAGUGGAGACCAACCUUGAAGGAGUCUUUCAAAAGUAUUGUAUGAUGGAUCCUAAAGGCCAGCUGAUCACACACACCGUUUCUGAGAUGGAGCAGAAAUGCAGCUCCUUCCAGCACUGGAUCCAUCAGUGGACACACGGCAAUCUGCUCAUCACUCGACUGGAAGGUGUCGAAACAAAGCUAACAAAUGUUAGAGUUGUGACCAAGUCAAAAGGAUACCAGGGAUUAACAGAGUGUGGCUCUCCUGAAGUGUUCGACCAGUUCCUGACACAGCACCAGUGUAACUACUAUUGUGGACUUCUCUGCCUGUGCUCCCUGAAGCCUAUGGAUAGUCUGCAGCAGUCCACCAAGAUAAAGGGGUCCCGGAGCCCCCUCCUCAACCGCAAGCUAGGCUCAGGCAGCCCGCAACUGCAGCGUAAAGGACACAGCCCUCAGGUGUCGAGAAAGGCCAACUCCAGCCCCAAAGUGACCAGAAAAGUUCAGGAGACAGAGGACAAUAAAUCAGACACCAAAACAAAACCAGCAGAAACUGCUGAUGCUCUUGAAAUUCAAUAGGAAUACGUUUUUUUUUUCAAGCAAUGUUUAACUGCUUUUAAUGGUUACCUUUAACCUCUUUCUUUCCAACUACCAAAGCCAGCACGGACACGAAGAGUAAGAGUUGUGAGAAAAACACAGUUUUGUUGGCUUGACUUGUCAAAAAAACAACUUACUGUGAUUUCUCAGUUUACAUCACUACUAUGAAACAUCACUUUUUUAGUUAACUUAACUCAGUUAACUUUCUCAGCUACUCAGUUAACUUAUAUCCUCCAAUAUAGUUUAAAGGUUUAUGAGAAUAUGUGGAGUGAUAUAAGCACAAGGUCUUUUGACCUUUUGGCUCAAAAGGUGCCAGCCCAGCAAGUUUUUUACUGUAAGAGAAGGAAAAACACCACAUUCAAACACCUGCCUCAGAGUCUUAUCAGCUCUGUGAAUGGACAAACAGAUUAAUCGGCUUCAGAUGUAUCGUAUCAUAUCUGCAAGUCGCUCGUCUUUUUUCGUGUGCAAUUGAAAAGACUGUGGAGUAUAAAAUAUACACGACCACAACCAUAGAAGUGAUUGAGGUAAUGUAUCCGUAUGAAACACUACAUGUCCAUCUAUGAUGUACAGUACAUGUGUCGGGUAUAAGGUUAUUUUGGAGAUGUUAUUUAUGCUUACAAGUAGAACUGAACUACAUGCAGCAUUUCUUCACAGAGCAAAGUUGAGCUUAUGCUGUGGAAUUACACUUUGGGGUCUAAGAUGCUUGUGUGCACUUUGUUUUGUGGCAUUUUUUCAAUUUGAGUAGUUUUUGAGUACUUUAUAUAUUUAUUAUAGAGGUUGUCUGUAUCUUUAAUCCACCCUUUUACAGUAUUUCAGAAUAUAUGCUGGAGAAUGUCAAAGUAGCAUAAGGGGCUUCCCAUUGAACUCUUUAACUACGGCAUGCUCAUUGUGCUGAUUGACAUGCAAACAUGUGAGUGUGUUUCCGGCAGUUGGUAAGUCUGCGCACAGAGGUCCACACAGCUAUUGGAAACUGUACUAUGGACUGUGCGAUAAGGUUACUGAGAGAGUAGACUCUGUCUGCUGCCUCACUGAUCACUUGCUAAGGCUCGCUGCAUGAAAUCACAAUAAUCACCCUUAUGCUGAACAACAGACCAGUAGGUUUUGCUUUUGUAGUGUGGUCAACAAUUACCAUAAAUAAAAACAAUCUCAUACGUUUGCACAGAUAUCCACAGUUAAAUUGCAAAAGACGCAGUUUACAAGAAGACACCUCUUCCCUUUGACGAGAAAUCUAGAGGAAUGUCUACCAUUGAUUCUUGGUUAAUGAUCAACAGUGGAGUCCAGAUGUCCGCCCUUAAAGUUCUGCUGUUUUCAUGUAAUUGCAUGACUCCUUAUGAAUGAAAGGAAACACAAUUUUAGGAGAAAUAUUUGAAAUGGAAUCCUUACAUUUGAUAAAAUUAGUCAGCUGAUGAUGUUACGGUGUGGUGUCAUGCAAACACAUUGUCGUAUUGUGUUUACGUGUACAUAAAGUCGGAGGACGACAUAUCUAAAGUAAUGUGAAGCAAAGCAGUAAGUGUGUGAGGGAGAGUGUGAAUGAGUGAAUAAAUGUGUGUUUACAAUGUGUGCUGUCUUUGGUAUGGAAGACCAUGUCAGCUAAUGUUUUUAUAAAUAAAUAAAUGAAUACAACAUGA